GAUAACAGAAUUAUUGAGAAAAGAACAACUUCUAUCCUACUACAGAAAUCCUUCGAGAUCCCAUGACCAGAGUUCAAUCCAAGAUCGCCUGAUAAUUUUAUUCGGUGUUUAUUUUGCCAGUUGUUCAGUGCGUAUCGUACAAAUAACAUGGGGGUCCUUAAAUAUUUCGCCUUUUUUCUAUUUGUGCUAGCCAACUACAAUUUCGCCACUGCGGAUAAUAAAGUCGUUUGUUAUUAUGACAGUUCUUCAAGCUAUAGAACCGGCCAAGGAAAGUUUGAAAUCAGUUUCUUAGACAGUGCUCUUCAAUUCUGUUCGCAUCUCAUUUAUGGAUAUGCAGGAAUUGAUGAAAAAACUAACAAACUAAAAGCACUUGAUGAAGCGUUGGAUCUUAACCAGCAUAACUAUCAGAAGGUAACAGAUCUCAAGAGAAGAUUUCCAGGUCUUAAGAUCCUUCUGUCUGUUGGCGGGGGAAGAGACGGGGCGUAUGACGAAGACAGAAAAGUUGCGAAAUAUCUAGAGUUGUUAGAAUCGCCGGACAAACGAAUUGCUUUCAUUAAUUCUGCAGACUCAUUUCUGAGAACCUAUGGCUUCGACGGCUUGGAUCUUGGUUGGGAAUUUCCAGAGACAAAACCAAAGAAAAUUCGCGGAAAAAUUAGUGGAUGGUUCAAUAAGUUGAAAACUAAGAUCGUUGGCGAGAAUGAGGUAGACGAGAAAGCAACCGAGCACAAGGAGGAGUUCACCGCACUAGUUAGAGAUCUGAAGAACAAGUUCAAGCACGAGGGACUAUCUCUCACAUUGUCAAUCCUGCCAAAUGUUAACAGCACAGUGUACUUCGACCCAACAAUCGCUCAAUACUUGGACUUGAUCAUCCUGAAGGCUUUCGAUUUCCACACACCUAAGAGAAAUCCGAAGGAAGCCGACUACCCGACACCUCUAUUUCCCAUUUUUGACCGCAGGUUCGAUGAAAAUGCCGACUAUCAAGUUAGAUAUUGGACAGAACAUGGCACUCCAAGAAACAAGGUAAUUUUGGCCAUACCUUCAUUCGCAAGAACAUGGAAAAUGACUGAAGAUUCUGGACUCACUGGUGUUCCACCACUAACGGUUGAAGGUGAAGGGGCUGAAGGACCUUAUACCAGAACACCAGGGUUACUUAGCCACCCAGAAGUUUGUACUAAACUGACAAACAUUGAAAUCAAACACAAGCUUGUUAAAACAGGGGAUCCUACUGGUAGACACGGGGUCUAUGCCUAUCGUACUGUUGAUAACAAUAACCCUCAAGGUAUUUGGAUAGCAUACGAGGAUGUGGAUUCGACCGGUUCAAAAGCCUCAUAUGCCAGAGAAAAAGGAUUAGGAGGAAUUGCCAUUGACGAUCUAACUUUAGAUGAUUUCAGGGGCUUAUGUAGCGGUAAUAAAUACCCCGUAUUGAGAGCCGCAAGACUCAAAUUGUAAAACAUUUAUAUAAAAAGUAGAUAGGUAUGAAAGAUAAUAAAAUUUAGAUUUUAUUGAAAAAAA